CACAGUAAACUUGAAAUCCUUUCCUGUCAGACAACACUGAGGGAAAAUUGCAUACAUACAUACAUACACGGGACGCGCCUGAUACCCAAACGCUUUGUUAAAGCCGCUCGUUUUCUGCCAUUGCAGUAUUAACUCUUCAUCUCUAUUGUCUGGUGCUGAAAAGGACUUUAAGGGGUGAAGAUCCGAUUUUUAUUAUUUUUUAUUUUUUUGCAUUCUACUGGAUGAUCCUAACAAAGACGCUGUUGCCAUGACCACAGAUGAAGUGGAAAGUCACCAGAAAAAGCCAAAGCAGCAGCAGGAAGAAGCUGGCCAAGAUUCUCAGCUGCAUUGUCAUGAGGAUGACAACCUCCAGCCUCAAAAUCAAAAUUCUACCAGCCGUGGUCUCUCUCGCCUCUUCUCUUCCCUCCUUAAACGGCGUUCACAGUAUGACAGUGAAGGAGGACAGAGAGAGGAUGAGGAAGAUGAAGCUAAAGCUCCUAUUGCUGAUCCUGAACCUGAAUUGAAAAUAGAGGGAGAGGUUGCCUUGGACCAACAUUCAGUCAGCAGUGCAGAGGUUCAGGCUCUUCAGGCUGAAAAGAAAGAUGCAACUGAGGACAUGAUUGGAAAGGUGAAGGAGAAGAAUGACCAAAAGGGAGAGGCAGUGGUUCUGGACAAGGAGGAGGACAAAGAGAAGGAAUUUGGUUCUGAAAGAAGGGGUAAGGAAGAUAAGGAGAAGACAACAGAGGAGGAGGCCAAGACACCCAGAGCUCCACGUCGACCAAAGACACUGCAGAUCAAAGUCACACUGCUGGAUGACGCUCUGUUUGAGUGCGAGUUGGAUAAACAUGCCAAAGGCCAGGAGCUGUUCAUGAAAGUAUGUGAUCACCUUAACCUUCUGGAAAAAGACUAUUAUGGCCUGGCCAUCUGGGAGACCCCCACUAUGAAGACUUGGAUGGAUUUGACCAAAGAGAUUCGUAGGCAAGUGCAAGGGGCCAAUUAUAAUUUCACUUUUAAUGUGAAAUUUUACCCACCGGAUCCAGCCCAGUUGUCAGAGGACAUAACAAGGUACUACCUGUGUCUGCAGCUGCGGAAGGAUAUCCUACAGGGCCGCCUUCCUUGCUCAUUUGUUACCCUGGCUCUGCUAGGUUCUUAUGCCUUGCAGUCAGAGCUGGGUGAGUACGACCCUGAGGUGCAUGGCAAUGAUUAUGCUAAGGAGAUGAAAAUGGCCUCAGGUCAGACAAAGGAGCUGGAGGACAAAAUGAUGGAGCUGCAUCGUACAUAUAGGAUAAUGUGUCCAGCUCAGGCAGACCUGAUGUUUUUGGAGAAUGCCAAAAAACUCUCUAUGUAUGGGGUGGACCUUCACCAGGCUAAGGACCUGGAUGGUGUUGACAUCAUGCUGGGAGUCUGCUCAAGUGGCCUGAUGGUUUACAAAGACAAACUGAGAAUCAACCGUUUCCCAUGGCCCAAAGUCCUUAAGGUGUCCUACAAGCACAGCAGCUUCUUUAUCAAAAUACGACCAUCGGAGACAGAACAGUAUGAGAGUGCAAUUGGUUUCAAACUUCCCAAUUACAAGGCCGCCAAGAAGCUGUGGAAAGUAUGUGUUGAACAUCAUACCUUCUUUAGGUUAACUUCCACUGAGAUGGCCACCACCCCGAGAAAGUUCCUGGCACUAGGCUCCAAAUUUCGUUACAGUGGACGGACUCAGGCUCAGACCAGGCAGGCCAGCUCUCUGAUUGACAGACCAGCUCCCAUGUUCCAGCGCUCUUCCAGCAAGAGGAACUCACGCAGUCUGGAUGGAGCAAUGGCCACUACACCAGACAACAAAUCUAAUCGUCCAGUCAGUGCCCCUGUUAUGUCACCAGUAUCUCCAGGUGAGGCAAAGCCAUCACCACUGCUACCCACACUGCCUCGCCAUAGCCAUCUUGAUGGCUCUACACCCAAAAGCCAACGCCAUACAGAUUGGAAGAGAGAGCUAAAGACAGAAUGUAAGCCAGAGCACACCAAGAGUCAUAGCCCAAAGCCACAGUCUGCUUCAGAGAUAAAGACUGUUGCCAAGAGAGAGAGAAGGAACUCCUCAUCCAUGACCAAUAGGGAGAAAGAAAAAAAGAGCCAGCUCUCUGUUCAGGAUAAAAAGAUGGAAAUGGUUCGAGUAAGGAAGAAGAGACCCAAGAGACUUGAGGGAGAAACUAUUUAUAUCAGACAUAGCAAUUUAAUGUUGGAGGACCUUGAUAAGACCCAAACUGAGAUCAUGCGUCACCACACUAGUAUCAGUGAGCUCAAGAGAAGUUUUAUGGAGUCAGUACCAGAACCUCGACCCAGUGAGUGGGACAAACGCCUAUCUACCAACUCGCCACUCCGCUCAGUGAGCCUCAAUGGCCAGCUGCAACCAGCGUCUCCAGUUCUAAGGGCCCAAACGGUCACCAUCUCAGAUGUUACCAACUCUCUAAGAGGAACUGUGACUUACAAGGACAUUCCUUUAGUUCAUACUGAGACAAAGACCAUCACAUAUGAGUCAGCACAGGAAAAAGUGGAGGUAGAUAACCUAGAUAAUAAACUUCAAAUGAAGACAGAUCAGUGGAGGCAAAAAUGUGAGUUAUGUGCACACUCAACCCAUGGAAGGUACUGGAUCCAGUUAACAGGAUUGGUAGAGCCUGUGGAAACCCUAGCAGAGAAGGAUUCAGGAGUGCUGCUGAGUGCCCAGACUAUCACCUCUGAGACUAUCAGCACCACCACCACAACCCAGAUCACUAAGACGGUGAAAGGAGGAAUUUCUGAGACUCGAAUUGAGAAGAGAAUUGUCAUCACUGGAGACACAGCAAUUGAUCAUGACAAGGCUUUGGCUCAGGCUAUUAAAGAGGCAAAGGAGCAGCACCCAGACAUGUCUGUUACCAAAGUUGUUGUACACCAGGAAACAGAGAUAACUCCAGAUUAAGAAGCUGCACCACGGCUGACUCGGAUGCCCCCCCUCUUUUCCUUAUGUCUCCAUCACAACAUUUUACCUCAGCAACCACAGUCAUCACAUCCAGCUGCCCUGCUUUCGGCAUGAUAAACCAGACCUUGUCAGAGGGAAGAGGCCUCAGCGGGAAAAUAUGUUUUCCUCCAAAAGUUUGUGUAUUGGUUGAAGGAGACAGUCACUAAAAAGUUCCCAAGUUUCCAGAAUUCCCAACAACACCCUUUCUAUUCCAUUUUCUGCCUUCAGCGCAUAUCCUAAAGUUUUGAAUAAAAAUGAAAUUCAAAAAAUAAACUUUUUCAUAGUUAUAGGGGUAUAAUAUUUGUGAAUUUGUUUCUCUCCCAUUUUGUGGAGAUUUUAAGAAAAAAAAACAUUUAAGGACAUUUGGUCUUUUAAUCUUGAGAAUCCUACUUUAUUUUUCUACAGCUUUUCUUACCAUCAAAAUUGGUUACCAAAAUCUUAAAAGUUAAAAGUUUUUUAACAAAGUUCUGAAACUGCACUGAACAAAGAUUGUGAGAUUCUACAAGUUGGGACUGGAUCAUUCCUCUCAAAGUUUUCGAAUUAGUUGAUACUUCCUGUACAGUAAAUACUUUAUUUUCCCUCUCAAUGUGAAAAGAUAUUUUUCAUUUUAUGUACAAAAAGAUUGAUUUAUCAAAGCAGGGCAUUGAAUUUGCUGGUGGAAUUACUUGUUUCCCCCAUUUGAAAUUUGGCUUUGACAUCCUUUGACUGUUUCAGUUGUUGUAGUGCUUGUGUCACACAAAGGAUGUGGGGGUCAUUAAGAUCACAGUGUAUUGAAACUACCUUCAUUUAUUUAAUACCAUCAUUGUAUUUUUAGUGUGUUUUAUAGUUCAAAUUUAGAUUCAGAACAAUGUUUGACUAUAGAUCAUUCCUAGCUGUCAAAUACACUUAUUUCCCUUUUUAUUGAGCAGUGUAUAAUUUCAGUAUUUCUGAAUUUCAUUCACAUUUACUCUUCUAAAUGGACAGUGUAUACUCUUUUGUAGUAAUGACUCUAUCAAAAUAAAGACGUGAAAAGUUCAGAAACUGACACACAUAAUUAUUAGUGCUCAAAACCGAAAUGCUGAUCGACCUGCCUUCAAUGUCUUUGACCUUUUCAACAGUUUUUUUCAACAGUUUGUUUACUAUCUUUGUCACUUCUAUAUAAGCACAUAGUUUUCUCAAAAUGUUUCCACAGAGUUUUGUUGGCAGAGGUGUGUAAAGAUCAAGUAAAGUAAGAGAAAGGGGAAAACAGUUUGCCCAACAGUGUAUAAUGUCCACAGAAAAAGAAAAUGGGUGAUUACAGUAAAAUGAGUUAGAACAAAACCCAAACAAGUAGUUUGAAAAGUAACAAACCAGCAAAACUUUGAAAUCCAGGUCAGUUUUUAUCACUCAUGUCCUCCUUUUAAGAACAACCAUUUUUACAGGAACUAAGACUAAAAGCAUAACUGCAUUUUUCUGAGUGUUACAUUAAUUGUUCAGCAACAUAUAAAACUGUUAGUUUAAUUCAGGGGUACCAGAAUGAGCCUCUUAAUUUUGCACUGCCCAAUCAGAUUAGACAUAUGUUGUUAUCGGUAUGACUUGUGAUUUUGUCCAUAUUCGUACAUGAUGCUUUAUUUCCUUACUCCAUUUAGAAUUGCAUGUUACAGUUACUUCACUUAGCUGUCUAAUUCAUCACUACACUUCUUUGUCUUAUGGGCAUUUUUAAUAUUUUCUUUAAUGUGAAUCCACACUUCAACACCAGAUGAAGACUUGUAAAGAGCACCAUGCAUAAAAUAAAGAACUUUGUAGGUACA